AUGGCGGAUCUUGAGUCUUUCCUGGAGUACAGUCAAAUUGUUAGCCGGUUGUUUGCUAGUGAAGAUGAAGGAUUUCAGUUUUAUAAUGCAUACGGUCUAAAGAAAGGAUUUAGUGUGAGGAGGAGCUAUGUUGAGUGGGACGCUGGCCACAAUGAGAUGACCCUUCGGAAGUUUGUUUGCAGUCGUGAAGGUUUCCGUGAAGAGAAGCACAUGAAUAUGGAGAAUAAGCAGUGGAGGCCGCGAGGUAUAACUCGUGUUGGAUGCCGUGCAAAAUUUGUGAUUGCACGACAAAGGAACACGGGGCAGUGGUAUGUGAAGGAUUUCAUCGAUGAACAUAACCAUCCUCUGGCGCCAGAAGAUCUUAGUUGUCUGCUGUGUUCGCACCGAAGAAUCAGUGAUGAGCAGAAAGCUGAUAUUCUCGAGAUGGAGAUUAGUGGGAUCCGUAAAUACCAAAUUUUUGAAAUUCAAGAAAUGCAGUAUGCAUUUGGUGAUGUCAUUGUAUUUGAUAGCACCUACAAAACAAAUCGGUACAACCUGACCCUUGUUCCUUUUGUUGGGGUGAAUCAUCAUAAACGUACUGUUGUUUUUGGUUGUGGAAUAAUUUCUCAUGAGAAUACAAACUCAUUUGAGUGGCUGCUGAGAACAUUUUCUGACGCUAAUAUUCAGAAGCAUCCUAUUUCAGUGAUCACUGAUGGAGACCUUGCUAUGCAGAGAGAAAUAAGGAUAGUGUCGCGGAAUACAUCGUAUAGGCUCUGCGGAUGGCAUAUUGAGCAGAACCUUGUGCGUAAUAUUCACGAUGACAAAGUGAAGGAAACGUUCAGGGUCUUUAUGUAUGACUGUUGCUCCAUAGAAGAGAUUGAGAGGAAAUGGCGGGCAUUCCUCGCAGAGAAUGAGGUUUCAAAGGAAUCUUGGUUUUAUCAGAUGUAUGAGUUUAGCAUUAAAGCAACCAGCAAGUGUCAUCUGAUUGAGAUCCUAGAUGGCGAUGAUAUAGAAGAGUACAUUGUUGGCAGGAAGGACAAAGGAGACAUCAUGAUCUAUGUGAAAUGUGAAUUUACUGUAGAGGGCAAUCUGAAGGGAGUUUCUUGCUCUUGUCUCGGGCUGCAUCCUUCUCAGCAUCUCGUUCAACUGAAGGAUAUGAGCGGCUCAAAGGCGCCCUUCUUCAGGAAGCAGGAAACAAAGCUCCCUGAAGAUGUGCUAGAUGACUGA